UGAGUAUUUUCCCUUUUGCCUGAGUUACACUGUGAAUGCGGUGCUUUUUACUUUCAAAGGAGCAUUUUACUGUUGUGCCGCUAUCGCAACACACCCUCUGCACUCUGCCACAUCCCCACGCCAACUUCUCCGGGGCUUACAAUUAGACAAUUUGCACAUGCGGAGGAGUCCGGUUAUGAAUGGGUGCAUUCCCCCAAGUCCCGCCUCUUCCGUUCCCGCAGACGGACCAAUCGGCGGCGGCGGUGCGCAUCGAUGGGACGUCACGUCAGCCGCCGUCGUGUCGGGAUUGGAAUGUUACCGACUAACAAUCGGAACAACUGAGCACUCGGUAAUUGGACACUAGGAUCACGGAAUCCCGUCUUUUUGAACAUUUUUUUUCUCAGCUAUUUACUCAGCCUGAGCCUCGCGUUCGCUCCCCUCGUGUCUGCCGGGUAACUUCGCCUGCUGCGUGGUCCCCAGCCGAUGAGGAUUUUUAUUUUAUAUCAGCGAGGGUAUGUGGAGAUGUUGUAAUAAAUAAGAAGAGAAAUGCAGGGAUUCGUCAGGUUACAGUUGUACCGCUGAGCUGCCCCUGCGCUACGACGCUUCCCCUCCGUGUUUCCUUUUUUCUUUUUUUUUUCUUUCCGUUCUUUACACGGGACCAUGGAGUGAUAAAAGAGGUGGGGGGAUAGGACGAUUUCACCCCGAGGCAUUUGGAUCCGAGAGCGGCGGCCACACCGACGGGUUUUUUUUCCCACACUCCCCGGUCAAUGUGUUAGGCUACCGAGUUUAACAUCCACACCGGGGUAUACCUCUCCGUCUGGGAGAGCCUCGGGGACCCCUGCCGCUGUUCAUCUUGGGGGAGAGAGUUCCCGGACGGUUCUCGGACAGUUUUGUUUUUUUUUUUUUCAUUUGAACAGCCCCACACUGCCAGACUGAAUGAGGCUGAGAAGAAGCGCAGGGGAACAGAGUCGCUGCAUGUGAUUGUGUCCGAGAGGGUCCGGGCAGCACUGAUCUUUUUUUUUAAGGUGCACCCAAGCCCCGCUGCAGGCGCUGUGCGAUAUGGUGAAACUCUACAGAAGAGGGAGAAAGGGACAAUACUUUUAAAAUCGCCCACAUGCACUGGAUCAAUAGCUGGAUUUGGGAACCGAAUAAGCAGAAGGGGGGUUGGGGAUCCUUGGAGGCUGCCGGAGGAUGGAGCGGUGUAGCCGGGGUUGGUGAGAGCCUAACUUCGGGCCACUUUACAUUUCUUAUUCCUAAACAACUCGCCCCUGUUCCCAGGACACAUGCAGGCCAAAAAACGCUACCUGAUCCUGCUCUCAGCCGGUGCAUGUCUAGUGCUUCUCUUCUACCUCGGAGGGAUUCAACUUCCAGCGGCGAGCAGGAGCCGGCAUGACCGCAGCCGAAAUGCGUACCGGCCCGACCAGCCCUGGCCUCACUUCUCGGACCCUUUACACCCUUUCCUGCCCUGGGAUCAGACGGACACCGAGGAGUACAACCUGCACAUAUCUCCGAAGCAGAAGAGGGACGUCAAUACGAGUGUUUACAAAGGCAAACGAUGCCGCAUGGAUUCAUGCUUUGAUUUCUCUCUGUGUCAAAAGAACGGAUUCAAAGUUUAUGUUUACCCGCAACAGAAGGGGGAGAAGAUCUCCGAGAGUUAUCAGAAUAUUUUAUCCACCAUUGAGGGGUCGAGGUUUUACACCUCAGACCCCGGACAGGCAUGUCUGUUCGUCCUGAGUCUGGACACUCUGGACCGGGACCAGCUGUCCCCGCAAUACGUCCACAACCUGAAGACCAAGGUUCAGAACCUGCCCCUGUGGAACGACGGCAGGAACCACCUCAUAUUUAACUUGUACUCGGGGACGUGGCCGGACUAUACGGAAGACUUGGGCUUUGACAUCGGCCAGGCCAUGCUGGCCAAAGCCAGCAUCAGCACCGAGAACUUCAGGCCCAACUUCGACGUGUCCAUCCCCCUCUUCUCCAAGGAGCACCCGCGGACCGGCGGAGAAAGGGGGUACCUCAAGUAUAACUCCAUCCCGCCUUUUAGAAAGUACAUGCUGGUGUUCAAGGGGAAGCGCUACCUGACCGGUAUCGGCUCGGACACCAGGAAUGCCUUAUAUCACGUCCACAACGCAGAGGAUGUGGUGCUGCUCACCACCUGCAAGCACGGCAAAGACUGGCAGAAGCACAAGGACGCUCGCUGUGACAAGGACAACGCAGAGUAUGACAAGUACGACUACAAGGAGAUGCUCCACAACUCCACCUUCUGUCUGGUGCCCCGCGGCAGACGACUGGGCUCCUUUCGCUUCCUCGAGGCACUGCAGGCUGCAUGUGUGCCGGUGAUGCUGAGUAACGGCUGGGAGCUGCCUUUCUCCGAGAUCAUUGACUGGAAUACAGCGGCAGUCAUCGGCGACGAGAGGCUCCUGCUGCAGAUUCCAACCACGGUGCGCUCCAUUCACCAGGAUAAGAUCCUGUCCCUCAGACAGCAGACUCAGUUCCUCUGGGAGGCCUACUUCUCCUCCGUGGAAAAGAUAGUGCUGACCACAUUGGAGAUCAUCCAGGACCGUGUGCUGGAGCACGGCUCCAGGAGCAGCCUGAUGUGGAACAGUCACCCUGGGGGACUCUUUGCCCUGCCGCAGUACUCUGGAUACCUGGGAGACUUCCCUUUCUACUACGCCACACUGGGAAUUAAACCGUACCCAAAGUUCACGGCGGUCAUCCAUGCCGUGUCCCCUCUGGUGUCCCAGUCCCAGCCCAUACUCAAGCUCCUAGCAGCUGUGGCCAAGUCCCAGUACUGUGCUCAGAUUAUUGUCCUGUGGAACUGCGACAAGCCUCUCCCUGCAAAGCACCGCUGGCCUGCCACCUCAGUGCCCGUCAUCGUCAUCGAGGGAGAGAAUAAGGUGAUGAGCAGCCGCUUCUUGCCCUAUGAGACCAUAGUGACCGACGCUGUCCUCAGCCUGGAUGAAGACACAGUGUUGUCCACCACAGAGGUGGACUUUGCCUUCACAGUCUGGCAGAGCUUUCCAGAGCGCAUCGUUGGAUACCCUGCCCGCAGCCACUUCUGGGACAGCAACAAGGACCGCUGGGGUUACACAUCCAAAUGGACCAAUGAUUAUUCAAUGGUGCUGACUGGGGCCGCCAUCUACCACAGGUAUUACCAUUACCUGUACACCAACUACCUGCCCACUAGUCUGAAGAGCAUGGUGGACCAGCUGGCCAACUGUGAGGACAUCCUGAUGAACUUUCUGGUCUCUGCUGUCACCAAGUUGCCACCUAUCAAGGUCACACAGAAGAAACAGUAUAAAGAGACCAUGAUGGGACAGUCUUCGAGGGCUUCUCGCUGGGCCGAUCCAGACCACUUCGCCCAGCGACAGACCUGCAUGAACAAGUUCGCCAGCUGGUUUGGCGCCAUGCCGCUGGUCCACUCCCAGAUGAGAUUAGACCCUGUCCUGUUCAAGGACCAGGUCUCCAUCCUCCGCAAGAAAUACAGGGACAUCGAGAGGCUCUGACAGGACCGACGCCCCCUUGGGGGAGACCCCACACAGGGGGAGGCGCGAGAGACUGACUCAGUGGAGAGUAGGAGGAGUACUAGGACUACAGCAGGAUGGACAGGGAGCGACACAGCUCUGUCUUCCACUCAGCACAUUGCCAAUGACCACAGCGCCGCUGCUGCCAGGACUUGACGUGGGAAGGGAUGAAUGGGAAACAAGCAGAUGGCGUUCGGAUCUGAAAAACACAAACAAAAAAAACACAAACACAGACAGACAAAGAGGAGUACACAAACUGAUGGACAAGCCAAACAGUACUGUAUGUUUUGCAAAUGUGCAAACACACAGCACACACUACUGACAACAAGAACUCUUAAAUAGAAUAUUUUUUUUUACAACACGAACAAAGACGACAAUGACUUUCCUGCUCUUUCGGCACAUGUACAGGACGGUAGAAGAGGGAAGGUGUCCAUGGUCGCCCCCUGGCAACCACAGUCUGCAUCAGGACAUAAUACUGGACUCGCUACCACACCCCUGCAUUAUAGCCUGGGAAACCCUGUUCUUUAGUGGGUUUGAUUUCAUUGUAUAAAUCGGCUCUCAGUAUCACUGUUGACCCUUUUUCCUCGCUGAGAGUUUUGAAUCAGAGCAUCAUCAGUUUUUAAUGUUUUCAUUUUCAAGACAGAGAAGGUUAACAGCAGUGCCCAGCCUGUUAUUACAAGGUUUUCGUAGAAAAGCAGCCAUUAUUUUCCAGAUAUUCUUGGCUAUCGACACACGUCCUCGAGAUUCAAGUCUGAAAACAUCCUGUCUGUCGUAUCCUUGGCUCAUUCCUUGAUGUGCUGAUAUGGCUUUUAUAAUGGUCUAUCUGCCUCCCUCUUAUCAGUAAGAUAAGUUAGAAAAACAUCUCGUUUAAUAUCCCAUUUUCUUCUCAUACUCACCAGGGCAGUUGUACUUUCUUUAUCUUUUUUUCCCUCUUACUUUCAUCAUCUUUUCUUUCCCCCUUCAAACUCUCUGUACUUUCACUCUUCUGUGUGAAUGUGUGUUUGUAUGUGUGUGUGUGUUGUGUGUGCAGAGCCUUGAAAAGUUGGCUCAUCCAACCAUAAGCUCAAGUGGAGUACAUUUUCCCUCCGUUGGAAUGAGUGAAAUGAACAUUUCUGGAUGAAAUGGAGCAGAACGCUGCAUUCUAACGCAAACUCGUUUUGCCCAUUUCUUACUUCCUGCACGGGCCUCAGAGCACUAUCUUUACAGGGGGAAAAUUUCAGACCAGAGCAGGUCUUUAGUGACCGGCGUCAUUUCACAGGAGUGCUUGUAGAAAGAUUUUUAACGCUGAGCGCAUCAGUGCCAUUCUGACAUCAGGGUCUGCCUUUCAGUUUGAGAUGCGUAGAUGCUCUCGUGUUGAAAUAUUCUAGUCAUCAGUCCGAUGCGGCUCUCCUGUCGCCAUGAUUUCUAUUCUUUUUCCCCCCCAUGACAUAUCAGAGAACCUCAGAGCCAUUAAACUGACAAAAGGUUUUCUCCUCCAUUUGUCAGGCAGAGGUACGUUUGGGCUUCAAUUAGGUAAACCUAUUUCAUUUGGAGUGCUGUUUUAUUCCCAGGGGACAAGCUGUUGAUGAAACACUCUAACAUUAUGGACCAUUCUGUUGUGAAAGCAGUGACCCACAAACAUGACCUGCUGGCUAAUGCUAGCCUUGGACAGUGCUGUUGUUUUAUUUUUUUGUUUUGUUUUUUGUCCCCCCCCCCAGCAACAAUACACCCUCCCCUUCAGUCGUACUUGUCCAUUACUUGUAACAGCUGCUCACAUUGCUGUAUCCACAUCAAAACGCCUGACAUUUUGCACCUUAAAUUACUUUAUUGGUAUUGGACAACCAGAUCAAAAUACUAAAGUAAGCUUUCUCAACCUCUAAUUGAUCGUUUUGAAGAGAUUUCUGAGAAAAUGGCUGGAUCACAGCGGGUCUGCUCUGUGCUCUCAUUUGGUCUGCAUGCAGCGUUCGGCCGAGAGCACAGACAGUCCACUCACACGUUUAGUUUGCAGACACUUGAAUGAAAGCCGCGUGCUUUUAGUGGCCUUUCUGUCAGGCGGGCAUUCAGCAUAAUGUCUCAGCCAAAGCUUUUCAUUGUGCGUGUUAAUCAGUAGCUGUCAUCGACAUUAUCAAUAUCACUGUCACACAUUCAAUGACUGUUUUAUUUCCUGCGUUUUUCAUUCAUUUAUGUUUUGUUCUACAAAGAGUUUAUGUAAAAUGUAUUGUAAAGCCUUUACAGUGUCAACAAAGACGACACUCGUGCUUUCAAGUGUCGUAUCCAAAUGCUGCCACUGCAAAGCUCUGUUAUAUCAUAUAUCAUAUCAAACCCAGCAGGACUAUCAUGGUUUUUUUCCUCACACACAAUUGUUCUGAAUUUAAUAUUUGCAUUUACAAUCUGGGACUUUACGUUUGUAUUGUGAUUUAAUUUUUUAAUUUUUAUUUUUUUUGUGCCAGGAGAGAUUUUAGAUCUGUUUAAUAUGGAGUCACAACAAAAAGUGUUCGAUCAGCUACAGUAUGUGAUUCUGGGAAAAACAUUCUCCUCACAUCUGGUCCCUAUUUCAUCUUCAGAGCACCAUCUUGUUUGAAUCCAUAUCAAGCCUUUUAUGUCUGAUUGUUUGAAUCACUGUUGUUGAUCAUCUCAAGAUAACCGCAUCCCCCAGCUUUGCAAAAAAAAAAAAAAAAGAAAGAAAGAAAAAGAAAACACCACCCAUUUCAAAUCCC